AAAGUAAAAGUAGUGAAACAGUCAGUCAAGACUAAAAGUAGAUGUACGAAGAAGAGAUUUUUGAGUUUUCUCUCAUUCCCUUUUCACCAGAAUACAAACGCAACCUUCAAAUUCAAUCAUUUUCUCCUUCUUGUGAUAAUCAACGAAUACAGGAUCACUUUUUUCUUAUACUCUCAGGUAUCGUUCAUUAUUUCUUUGACAUCAACGAAUACAGGAUCUUCAUUCUUCUUCGCAAUGAUGAACAAAUUCAAGAUUUCAUUCUCAUCUCUGGUUGCUUUAACUUCUUUUCAUCGCAAUCUUCAGUUUUUAGCGAAAAUUGUUGAAUCUUCAUCAAACUUUUGGGCAUCUCAUAAAAUGGAUAGAGGAAACGAUUCAAGUUCUUCUUCCGAAAUACAAGAAGAUAGGAUCAGUAGUAGAAUAGUAGAAGAUAGGAUCAGCAGUGGGAUAGAAGAAGAUAGGAUCAGCGAAUUACCGGAUUCUCUAAUUCACCAUAUCCUAUCUUUCAUGGAUAUCGAAUAUGCGGUUCAGACUUGUAUUUUGUCUAGAAGAUGGCGAUAUAUCUGGACUUCUAUGCCCCUCCUAAAGUUCGAUGACUCAAUUCACUAUUAUAAAGAAGAAGAACCAGAUCAAGAAUUCAGUGACGAAUGUUACGAUUAUCAAGAAAGCACGGAGGAAAAACUAGAAAGAGCCACCAAGCGCUACAUCAAAUUUGUUAACCAAGUACUCAAUCUUCGAGGCGACUAUGAUAUACAAAGGUUUCAUAUUGAGUUUGUUAGAUUUCGUCCGGAUGUUAGUGAAAUACAUAAUUGGAUUGAUACUGCUGUCAAUGGUAAUGUUCAAGUGCUAAUAUUUAGGAGCUAUGUUGAAGGCGUAUUGUUUAAGAGCGAGAACGGUUUUGUGAUUCCUCCUUGUUUAUGUACUUGUCAAUCGUUGACAAAAAUGGAGCUGGGACUGUGGGGUUGGGAAUAUGGUGACAGCAGGAUUAUCCUGCCUCAUAAAAUGAGUUUACCUCGGCUCAAAUCAUUGCGUCUGAGUCUUCAUGACAUGGCGUUUUAUAAUGAAAAACUAACAAAUAGGUUCUUUGCAAGUUUUCCUUCUCUAGAAUCGUUGAUCAUGGAAACGGGGUCUUUCGGAAUUCAUAACAUGAAUUUACAAAUUUCUUUGCCUAAACUGAAGUAUUUUAAAUUUAAUAGUCAGAGUUGGGAAAGCGGUAAUAGUCGGUAUUAUAAAAGCAAUUGUGAGGUUAAACUGCAUGCUCCAAGUCUGUCAUCCUUCAUUUUCAACGGUCAUGUGUCAACAAGUUUCACUCUAGAGAAUCUUUCAUCUCUAGCCAUUGCUGACAUUGAGAUGAAUGUGAAAUCUGAAGAUCGAGUAUCAAUAUAUUCUACAGAAAUUUGUGAAGAGAAGAAAGAAAUGUAUGCCCAGGGUACGAUGGGACUUUUGCGAGGAAUUCAUAGUGUGAAAGUCCUAAAGUUACAUGAUUCUGUCCUCAAGGCUUUAGGUGGAGCUCCUGAUAUAUUAGACACUCAACUGCCGGAAUAUUAUAAUUUGCAACAGUUGGAGCUCGAUGCCUACCUGACGGCGGAAUGCCUGCAUUCAAUAUUCUCCAUACUAAAGAGUUCUCCUAGAAUAGAAUCUAUUUCCUUGUGGUCACAGGGAAAUUUUUUGAAUCCUCUACUGUAUCCAUAUUGUGACGAGGUCAAAUUUAAUCCAGAGAACAUAGGAGACUACUGGGAUGCAGGGUUGUCUAUGUCGUGCAUGAUAUGUCAAGUAAAGUUUGUCGAGAUUAAAGGUCUUAGUGGAUAUGUUACUGAACUGAAGUUUUUAGAGAUUCUAUUGAAACAUGCCACAGGCUUGGAGAAAGUGGUCAUCAGCAGUUGUGAACUGAACAAGGCUCGCAAAGGAAGAAACGGAUGAUGAAAUUUAGUGAGAUGCUGCUAAAAUUUCCUACAGCCUCUAAGAAAAUCCUUAUCUUGUUAAAUUUAUGAGUCGAUGUGUAUGAAUUUGCAAAGUUGUGGAAUCGGAUCCCUUCAAGAAUUUGUUGGGCCCAGAAUUGUAGAAUCGGAUCUCUUCAAGAAUUUGUAGCACACCAUUACUGUUGCUUAUUUUUGCUGAGGACGAGGAAUUAUGUUAGUUUGUAGAUGCAAAAUUCAUGGUUUUAGACUUUUAGUUGCUUGUGUUUAUUGUCUUUCACAUCAAUUUUUCUUUGUUGAUUUCGAUUCAGAAAAGAAGAAAAUUGUUAGCAGGGUUAUGUACAAAUGAUGCAGGGCAUACUACAAUUCCAGAAGAUUCUGCUUAGAGGUUUGGCUUC